AUGUCUUCACAUGCUGGUGUCUCAUGCGAUUCAUGCGCGAAAACGAAUUUUUCUGGACGUCGUUAUAAAUGUUUGUCAUGCGAUAAUUACGAUCUUUGCGGUGUGUGUUAUGAUACUGAUUCCGAAAGUCACAAUCAUCUUCGAAGUCAUCCCAUGCAAUGCAUUUUAUCAAAAACAUCCUAUGAAGUUUUCUACGGUGGUGAAACAAUAUCUCAUCGAACUCUCAUUUCGUUAACAUGUCCUUAUUGUGGAAUAUCUGGCUUUCUUUCGCACACGCUUUUGAAACAUUGUCUGGAAAAACACCCGAUCAUUUCGGCGGACAAACCUACCAACCGAAUCGUUAUGUGUCCACUUUGUGUACUCAAUCCUGUACAAGCGCAUCAAGCACGGUUCGUUUCAUUAGCGGAUCAUCUCGUUCGAGAACAUGACGAUGAAAGUAACUCUUUAUUUAAUCAUGAGCCAACGUCACGUGAAAAAGGAAAAAACCAGUUGGUUGAUUUCGGCCACAGGGAGGAUGAAGAUGACAACGACGACGACGAGGAGGAGGAGGACGAGGAUGGUUUGCCAUUAUACAUUCUUGCUGAGCGUUUAUUUUCCAAAACAGAUAAUCAUCUACCCUCAUUAGCAGAAGCUAUUGUUCGAAAUUAUUGCAAUCCGGUCGAACAAGGAACUGCAACUCUGCAACGACGUCCUUUCGCAAGACAGGGGAAUACGAGAAAUCAUUUUAAUAAUCAUCCGUACGGAACGAUACCACGAACUACCACGACUGCAUCAUUGCAUAUUCCAUUUGAUGCAACAAUCGAAAGCUCUAUACCGUCAAAUCGAUAUACGAGAAAUUUCUCUUUUUACGAACCUUUAUCUGAUUUCGACUCUUCAUUGUCUGAUAUUCCAGCAAAUGCAUCGAUCUUUGUGAGAUCAGCACUUCCAGCUCACAUUGGAAGUUUUCCAAAUGAACCAGUACUACGGAAAAAAGCAACUCAACCUGCGAUGUCAAUUGAACCGCCAGCGACCGACUAUUCAUCGUGGCAAAAAAACGUUCCAGUUGUUCUCAGCCAUUCAAAACCUUCCGUCAACACUGAGAAUAAGAAUAAAACCGAUUCACGGUCAUUGCUCGAAAAAAUUUUCCAAACUGAUCAUGAAACCGAUCGAACGAGGUCAAACACAUCAACACAUAAUCGUACUUUGUUCUUGCAAUCACUGAUUCUCUCGUCGUUGAAUAUUAGUAUAAACAAAGCUUAG